AUGGAUAGGAAACGUCCUAGAAAGUUAAACUUGAAUGCACCCCUUUUGUCCACACGGCGUCUCGGUAGUCCAAAUGUUGCAGAUACUUCAUGUUCAUCAUAUUCAGUUGGAGCAGUCCAAAAUACAAGUGAAAGGGUUCCAUUUUCUUGGGAGAAAGCACCAGGCAAGCCAAAAGAAAUUGAGAGGAGUGAUAACACACAAGACGGUGGCACGCUGCGCCUAAGACUACCACCUCGCCAUUGGUUUCUUCCGAAAGAAGCAGUCGAAGAAGAUGUUGAUCGUGGUGAUGAUGCAUUUCAUGAUCAGGGAGAUGGUAGUUGUGAUGGCGACGACGACAAGGAUGAUUUCUUCUCGGAUGCUAUGGAUGUUUUAUCUCUAUCAGAGGCAUUAGAUUAUGUCCAAAAGAAAUCGGAGAAUGCUCAUAGUAACACCAAUGAUGGGUUGAGGUUAAAGCUUGCAGAGUCUAAUGGAUACCAAUCUCCUACUUACAUGAUCAAUCGCUUUCUUCCGGAUGCCACUGCUUUGGCUGCAUCAUCUGCUUUGCAUUUUUCUACUAACUUAGAAGAGAAAGAUUGUGAUACUUGUAGCUAUCCAGGGUGUUACACAAGGCAUUCAUAUGCUUCUUCUCCAAAGGGUUGUGGCUUGGAACUACUCUUCCCGUGGCGUAUGAAGCAUAAACUUUGUUCUAUAGAGAGCCCUGUGUUGCCAUGUUCUACUAAUCUGCACAAGCAUAAGCGCAACUCCAAACAGAAGAAACACCGUUCUUCAACAACCUACAUUCCUUGUACAAACAUGAAAGAUAUUUGA